AUGAUACGUUCUUGUUUGAUAGAAGGAUUGCUGGUCAUCUAUAUUCUACCACUAAUUAACGACGCCUUAUGCUCGUAUCAUGAAGAACAAUUGUACGACUAUAUAUUCAAAGGUUAUAAUCCUCUCAUACGUCCAGUUAAAAAAGUUGAAGAAACAAUUACGGUUCAUUUCAGUAUCGCUUUGCUACAACUUAUUAGUGUGGUUGAAAAAGAACAAGUAAUGAAAACCAAUGUUUGGUUACAAGUCAAAUGGUAUGAUUAUCAACUUCAAUGGAACCCAGAAAAAUAUGGAGGAAUUGGUUCAAUUCGUGUACCACCUGAUAAAGUUUGGACACCAGAUCUUGUUUUAUUUAAUAAUGCUGAUGGAAAAUAUGAAGCCAGUUACAAAUGCAAUGUUGUCAUCUAUUCUAAUGGUGAUAUGAAUUGGGUGCCACCUGCUAUUUAUAAGUCAAGUUGUUAUAUUGAUGUCAAGUUCUUUCCUUUUGAUCAACAAACAUGCGAGCUUCGAUUUGGCUCUUGGACCUACGAUCAUCGUCAGAUGAAUUUUACUUAUUAUGAAGAAGAUCAACGAAAAGUAACAGUGAAAGAUUAUGUUGUUAGUGGUUCAUGGGACCUUAUCGAUGGACCAAUGUCUAUACAAGACGAAGCAAAUAGCAGAUUAUCGUCGUCUUCACUAACAUCAUCCACACAACGAGCUUUAAGCUUAUCAAAUUCUUCAACGGAGAGUAGUGUUACUGAAGUUAGACUCGAUCAGGCUGAUGCACGUGAUCGUGUCGAAUUCGUGUGUAAACUUGUUAUUCGUCGUAAAACAUUAUUUUAUACAAUUAACUUGAUAGUCCCAACGGUGCUAAUUUCAUUUUUAUCAAUAUUUGUAUUUUAUCUACCGACUGAUGCUGGAGAAAAAAUGACAUUAUCAAUUUCAAUUUUACUAGCUUUAGUUGUGUUUCUCUUACUUAUAUCAAAAAUUCUACCACCGACAAGUAUUGUUAUACCAUUAAUCGCUAAAUAUUUACUAUUUACGUUCAUCAUGAAUAUAAUCACCAUAUUUCAAACUGUUGUCAUUAUUAAUUGGAAUUAUCGAACGCCACGUACACACAAUAUGCCGAUGUGGGUAAGAAAACUAUGUAUUGAUAUACUUCCACGAAUAUUAUGUAUGGAACGUCCAAAAAAAUAUGAAAAGGAAGAUAACGACUUAGAGGAAAAAAAUACUAAACAUAAUUAUGCCACCUAUAUUCAAGCAGCACGAGCUCUAUCCAUUGUUAGUCCAGCAAUGAGUGAUACACAAAAACUAGAACUAAAAAAGCGUACACUUCGAAAACACCCUUAUUCAAGUCUACAAUCGACAACAAAAUAUAUUAAUGAUACAAUGAAACAUACGAAUAAUCCAAGUGAUAAUACACGAUCAAAAAUGAAUAAAACAAUGUUUCAAAGAAAUCGUUAUGAUGAAGAUGAAGAUGAUUUUGACAGUCAUGAUCAUACCAACGACGAUUAUAAACUAACAAAAGAAGCAUAUGAGGCUGCUGAUCAUUUACGUUAUGUAGCAAAUCAUAUGAGAACAGCAAGUCAAUAUGAAGCGGUUCGUGAUGAUUGGAAAUAUAUAGCGUCCGUUAUUGAUCGACUUCAAUUAUACGUCUUUUUUGCUGUAACCACUGCUGGAACAUUUGGUAUUCUAUUUAAUGCUCCAUAUAUUUUUCAAUUUGUUGAUCAACAGGCUAUUCUUAAUGCCUGGACAUGA